AUUUACAAAGGUUAACUUUAGCGAAGUUUCACCACACUGAAGCAAAACGUUUCUUGAAAAACCUAAGUAAGCCCUUUAAAGCGCGGUGCAGCCGUUAAUUAUGGCAGCUUUCCGUAAAUUACUCUACGCACCGCGCUUCGACACUCAGUCGCCUCAAACCGACAAGGAAUCGGUAUUUAACGGAGAGAACAAACACCGUAAACUAAACGAGCUGGCCCAAGAGGCGACUCCAUUACUUUUCCUCGACGAUACAAGUCCCCAAAUAACACCGUACUUUUCGAGAAGUGCGAAAACAAACCAUCUUUUGAGGUUGUACGCCGAUAUGAGAUCAACGGUCAACCUGAGGGCUUCUAAAGGCGGGAAAUCACGGCGCGCCAAACGCGUGACUUACGAAGGUGAAGGAGUGCAGCCACGUAUGUGGUACGGUUUCACGGCUUUUCGUUUUCAUUAUCAUGACCUAUCUUGUUUUGCGCGCCUACGUCAGUCCAGAUCCCGAACUAAACAGGACGUAUUGAGGACGAUCAGGAGAAUGGUGGAGGAGAACAGGGUCAUCAGAGGGCGGUUACUCACCUUGAGGCAGCAGAGUCGAUGCAAAUGAGGUUUGCUCAGUUUCAGGUGGUACCACAUACAGCAUAUUGCCUGGAGAAAAGAAAUGUUUACAUGCCACAGCACUGUUUAUUAUAUGCCUCCAUAUGUGCUGUUAGUAUUAUAAUCUAAAACGUAAACUCUUAAGGCUUGAAAGAAAUUAGAAAAGCACGGAGGACAUGAGCAAGACCACUAGAUGGUGAUAUUUCCAAAAUUAAGAGCAACUAAAUAAAGCGUAGCAGGGCUCUUACUUCCACACUCUCCAUUUAAAUUAUACUGCAUGUACUAGUUGUUUUUGUUACUACUUUUUUGAUAUUUAUGAAUAUCUAAUGUGUUCUUCAGAUAACUUUAUUGGACUUCUUUCAUCACUAAAACUUUUUCCUCUUCCCACGUUUUGUUCCAUUGUCAGACGUAGUGUUAAUAUUUAUGCUUGUUAUUGAAUGCCAGGUUUUCAGUAACAAAAAAACCCUAAACGGAUCGAAUUGGCCAUCACUAAUUACAUCAUUUAUUUAUUUAACUGAUUCUAGAGGGUUUUUAAAAAAAAACGACAAAACGUUUGUUAUUGCACGUCAAAUUGUUCAUGACAAAAAUGUUUAUUAAAGCAUUGAAUGGCUGACUACACUUAUCUUAUUUCUGUUCUAUUCGGAUAGAUCCUAGCUAUACCAGAUGUUUCAAAAAGCAACAAAGGGAGACUUGCGUAGAAUCCGCUGAAGACAGUUUUCAGUGAUUGUUUUGCCCACAACAAAAUUGCUUUACGUUCCCAGUGUCGAAGGAGCUUAACAUCUCGCUCGUGCAGGUUGUGGUUUUGUGGCAGAAAUCAUCAAAUGGAAAAGCUAUUGUUGAGAACACGACCUCAGACGUUUAAAUGAAGAUAGAUUAAUCAUGUUGUCAAGUCGAGUCUGUAUAAUGAAGCAAUAAACGCGAGGCUUGAUUACAGACGGUGCUUAUAGUUUAGGCCCCUCUCCCGGGCGCCUGUGAUGAUUAUGUGUUUUCCUCGAGCAUCAGCUAAACGGCGGUUGGUAGAUCUCUUAGAUUAAAAGCAGGUUAAAUGCAACUACUGUAAAUGUUUGUUGUAGAUUAGGGUAAAUUACAGAACUCGAGUACGAAAGGGAAUAGUCGCUUGGGGAUGUUUAGAUCUGACAGUAACCAGCCAAAGAUGUAUUUCGCAAUAGAUUACGUAGCCCUCGCAGUGCGUCUGCUUCUUGUAAUUAAGCGGCAAUGAAUCGAUAUUAAAACCGAACUGCCGUAAACCGUCAAACUGAAAGUGGAAAGUCCGGAACAAUGAGCUGCAGUUGUGCACGACUGCGUGACGCUCAGGCCUUGCGCAUUUGAUACGGAUUCCAGCACUGAAUUAAGCUGUAAUUAUUUUUCACCACCAGGCUCAUUUGGGUUCAUGUGUCGAAACAUGCUAAACAAGUGGAGCCGCACCUUCUCUUUUGCACUGUUGUGAGUCCUUAGCCACAAGCAGGGGUUGCUUAAUGUCAUUUUUAUAAUGAUGUGAAAACACAAAUUAUCUCGCGCGGGAUGAGACGGCAGUGUUGGACCACACCGCAUCAAUGCACAGAUUUGCAGACACAGUGUGACGAUUACCGCUCUUUGAUGCACACAUAGCCGUUCUUACAAAUAACGACGCCAUAGAAGAACCUUUUCGUCUAAAUGGUUCCAUGAAGAACCUGAAGAACCUUUAACAGGAGGUUCUUCGUGGCGAAAGAAGGUUCCUCAGAUUAUAAAAAGGUAAGAAUGAGAGAUGGUUCUGGGAAGAACCUUUUAGGCACCUUUAA